AAGAAGAAAAGUAGAAUAAGCGAAAAAACUUGUACUUUACUGUAUAAAUAUCCAAACAAACACAGCCUAAUAAUACUGUGGCGGUUAAAUCACUUCACAUCAAUUCAGUUAAUACAGUUUCUUCCACAUAGAAAUGAAUUUUCAAGAACCACAAGACGAACAACAACAUUCAGUUGAUUCUCAAUUAGCCAUGCUCCAUCUCAACACCACCACCGGCAUCCACCACCACAACUCCACCACAGAACAACAAUGCCAUUCUUGUGAUUCCCUCAAGAAUGAACAACAACAACAACAACCACAUUUCUCACCUGAAAAAACUACCCUUUUACCACCCAUCUCCACUACUAAGACAAAGAAGAGAUAUUCAAACACUCGUUUCUCUUCAUCUCUUGAAGAACCCUUUCCUAAAAGAACUGCCACUGUCACCCUUUUACCAACCAUUUCCACCACAUCCAACCACAACGACCAUUUGCAAGGAUUCAUCAAACUCCCACUUGAAAACCACCAUAAUCUUGAAUCUCAGGCUUUCUUGAAACCCAAACUGUUCGAAAAUUCAACAACUCCAUCUCCGGCUAAGCCACCAUUACCUCCACCACUUUAUCGGACUUUUUCUGACCCGACAGGUUCUUGUUCUUACAAGAGAAAAUCCCCUACUCCACCACCACCUCACCAUACCCUUGCAAGAACAACUAGUUGGUCACCAAAUGGGGAAUCUCCUACUACUAUGAAGUCCCCUAAUCAGUGUGCUCUUACAAGAACAGCUAGUUGGUCACCAAAUGUGGAAUCUCCAACUACUAUGGUUUGUUUCUAA